CUAUGAAUAUUGGAUUAUUUUAACUUGAGUUAGAUAGCUUUACAGACUUGAUACUAUAACAGAAAAACAUAUUUCUUUAAUGUUCUUGAGAUGAAUGGAAAGCUGAUAGACGGAGAGGAUCAUUCUUCACUCAAUUUUUCCAAAAUCUAAUUCUGUCAGCGGGCACACUAUAGUAGUCAAGGUAUAAAUAUGAAUGAUUAAGUUGACGAAAUAGUAAAAGUAGAUCAAACAUGGCAAACUUAACAGUAUUUAUCUUCUUGAUUUUCGCACUUACGCUAUCAUCAGCUGAAAAUAAAAUAACGGCACGUAUUGUCGGCGGUUCAGAAGCACAAGAAGAACAAUUUCCUUAUCAGGUUUCGCUCUUUGAUUUAUUUACCGGACACUUUUGUGGUGGAUCUAUUUUAAAUGAAAACUGGAUUAUAACUGCUGGAAAAUGUGUUCAAGGAAAGCGACCAUCCUCUUUUUACGUAGGCGCUGGAAUUACUAACUGGAGUGAUUUACCUUAUGCAAUUUAUCAAAUUGGUAAAGUAGUCGUACAUGACUCACAGAAUAUUGCACUGAUUAAACUUAAGGAACCAUUAACUUUUACUGCAAUAUUAAAUAAAAUUGAUCUUCCGACUGAAAAUAAAAAUGUUGAUAGCACCCCGGUCGUUAUAUCCGGAUGGGGAUCAAAGACUAAAGGAGGACCAACAUCAAGAAAAUUGUUAUUUUUAAACACUAAGAUUGUAGAUGUAAACACUUGUAAGGAACAUAUGUCAACACUUCCAUCAUAUCCUGCAAUAACAGAUGAGAAUCUUUGUACAUUUACAAGAGGGGGACAAGGUCUAUGUGACGGAGAUUCAGGUAAUCCUGUUGUUUCUGGAAAUUAUCUAGUGGGAGUUAGUUUAUAUGGUUAUCCAUGUGCACAAGGAUAUCCGGAUGUAAGUGCCAACGUGUGGAAUUACAUUGAAUGGAUAAAGAGUCACAUUAAUUAAUUAUUUUUUCUAUUAAACCAAGUAUACUUUUAUGUAUUUAUUUAAUAAUUCAUCCGAAUUUUGUUAUAUUACAUUUCAAUAUAAGAAUUUAAUCUUCGAUCUUGACAUUUUGUAAAUGAAAAAAUCGUUUAGAAAUGUUAUUCUCAGUUUAAUAAAACCUUUUUUAAAUACUUGAAUGUAUAUGUAA